GUUGUAUCUCUUUUUUCUGAUACUAUUUAGUGAAAUCACCUUUUAUAUACAUUGUCAUUAUUAUGUUGGAGCGGGGUAUUUCAAGAUAAUUUGACAAGCAAACAUGCGUCUCCAUCAGUUUUUAAAUAUUCUAUUAACCUUUGCCGUAGUUUUUGCUACAGAUGAAAAGAUUACAUUUGAAAACUUUAAAGUUUAUAGAAUUUUGCCUGAAACUGAGGGACAUGUUGAUUUGUUACAUCAAUUAGAACAGGAUAAUAAUAAUUUUCUCUUUUGGAAUGGAAUCACUUCUGUGAACAAUUCUGUCGAUUUAAUGGUGUCUCCUGAAACGAGUUUAGGAUUUGAGAAGACAAUGAAUAUUUAUGGAAUUAAAUACAGUAUUUUCAUUGAGAAUGUUCAGCAUUUAAUUGACACUGAGAAUCCGCGAGAAAUUAUUAAAACUGAUUCUGAAUUUGCUUUUAAUAAAUAUCAUACACUGGAUGAAAUUUAUGUUUAUUUUGAACACCUUUCUCAAAAGUAUGAUGUUGUUCAAGUUAUUGAUGCUGGAAAAACUACGGAGGGUCGUUCUAUUAAAGGGGUAAAAAUUUCGUACAAAAAAGAAAACCCAGGAAUCUUCAUAGAAGCAGGAAUUCAUGCUCGAGAGUGGAUAACUCCUGCCACUGCUCUGUAUCUUAUUAAUCAACUAUUGACGAGUAAAGACAAAAAUAUUAGAAGUCUUGCUGAAAAUCGUAAUUGGUACAUAUUUCCAAGCUUUAACCCUGAUGGAUAUGUUUAUACUCAUACGAAGAAUCGCUUGUGGAGAAAAACGAGAUCAAAGAAAAGUGCUUUAUGUCCUGGAGUUGAUGCCAACAGGAACUGGGGUUUUAAGUGGAUGUCCGGUGGUGCAAGCAGUUUUCCUUGUGCUGAAACUUAUGCUGGAUCAGUGGCCUUUAGUGAACCGGAAACCAAAUCAAUGGCGAAUUAUAUAAAAUCAAUUUCUAAUGAACUAUUUGCGUAUAUUUCAUUCCAUAGCUAUUCUCAACUUUUGAUGUUCCCUUAUGGUCACACAAAAGAUCAUUUGGAUAAUUACGAAGAAGAGUUGUCUAUGGGAAAGAAAGCAAUAGGUGCACUUCAACAAAGAUAUGGCACUAAAUAUGUAACUGGAAAUAUUGCUGAAACCAUUUAUAUUGCAAGUGGAAGUUCAAGCGAUUGGGUAAAGGGAACAUUAAAAUUACCAGUUGUAUUUACAUAUGAGUUUCGUGACAAAGGCAGAUAUGGCUUUUUGCUUCCUGCAAAUCAAAUUAUUCCCAAUGGUGAAGAAAUAGUUGACUCUUUGAUUGGAAUGUUUGACGAAGCUGCACGAUUUGGUUAUCCUAAAAAGUCUUGAAUAAAUAUAUCAUUUUAAGAAAAAUA